GAGGGGGAUGGCGCAAUGGAGGCUCAGGUGGGAAGCAGAGAGCCCCCGCGCCCCUUCUUUCCCCCUCCCCGCUUCUGUCUGGGACAAGGUGAAAUCAAGGAAGAAGAGGGCCAGGUGGGGGUGGGCGGGGCUGAGGGCUCCUCCUGGCCUGUCUGCCCCCAGCCUCCUGAGUCUCCAGACCCGGGCUCCGGGAGGCCGUGCAAUCGCUGUGGGGACCAGUGUCCGGGCUUCCUGGUGCAUGGCUGGAGGAAGAUCUGUCAGCACUGCAAGUGCUCCCGGGAGGAGCACACCGGGCCCGGGGUCCCAGAGGACCUGGAGCAGCUCAUGGCCCAGCUCACCUCUGACUUCCAGUGGCACUCCCUGUCAGACGCCGGCAUGGGCUGCGCCUCGGAGGAGUACGCCUGGGUGCCCCCGGGCCUCAGGCCCGAGCAGGUGGACCAGUUUUUCAGCUGUCUGCCCGAGGACAAAGUUCCUUAUGUGAACAGCCUUGGGGAAAGGUACCGGGUUCAACAGCUGCUUCGACAACUCCCCCCACAUGACAGUGAGGCCCAGUACUGUGCAGCGCUGGAGGAGGAGGAAGAGAAGGAACUGAAGCUCUUCAGCCAAAAGCGGAGACGGGAAAACCUGGGCCGGGGAGCCGUGCGAGCGUUCCCAGUGUCCAUCACCGGGGCCAUCUGCGAGCAGUGCGGGAAGCAGAUCGGAGGAGGAGAUCUGGCCGUGUUUGCCAGCCGAGCCGGCCACGGGACCUGCUGGCAUCCCCAAUGCUUCCUCUGUGCGACUUGUGGCGAACUGCUGGUGGAUCUCAUCUACUUCUACCAGGCCGGGAAGAUCUACUGUGGGCGCCACCACGCCGAGUGCCUUCGGCCCCGCUGCCAAGCCUGCGACGAAAUCAUCUUCGCAGCUGAAUGCACAGAGGCUGAAGGCCGGCACUGGCACAUCCGACACUUUUGCUGCUUUGACUGUGAGGGGCCUCUGGGGGGGCAGCGCUACGUGAUGAGGGGGAGCCGACCCCACUGCGGGGCCUGCUACGAGGCCCGGCACACCCAGUACUGCGACAGCUGUGGAGAGCGCAUUGGGAUGGAGCAGGGCCAGAUGACUUAUGGCGGGCAGCACUGGCACGCCUCCGAAAGCUGCUUCAGUUGCUGCCGCUGUGGGCGGCCCCUGCUGGGGGAGCCCUUUCUGCCCAGGCAAGGGCAGAUCUUCUGCUCUCGGGCCUGCAGUCUUCCCGCUCGGGCAGAGGCGGCGGGGGCCGUGGCGACAGCGGGGGCGGCCGCCACCACCUACCGCCCGGCUCCCACCGCGACGGUGCUUCGGGCGCGCUCGAGGGCAGGCUCGCUGGCGGGCAGAGAGUGCGGCCACUUUUACCGGGCGGCUCCACAGCGCCACUCCAUGCCCGUUCUGGGCCUCCGCCGGGUGGAUCCUCCUCCUCGUCAGCCCCCACGGCCGACCCCUCGGCCCGCAUGUCCCCCGGACCUGACGGCCAUCUCGGGGGGCUCUGUGUUCUGCCGGCGAGGGGAACUCCGGGUUAGCUUCCAAGAACCCCCGGAGGCCCGAGCCUCCCAGGAGAGGGAGCAGCUCCAGGACCCUCCUCCUCCCACUCCGCCUCAAUGCAGCCCUCCGGUCCAGCCCUGUCCAAGGAGGAGGCAGUGGCCUCAGAGACUGCCUCCCCAUAACCACCUGGAGUGGGACUUGGCUUGGGCCUCCUCUUCUUCUCUCUCCUCCUCCUCCUCUGACUCAGAGGAAGAUGGCUACUUCCUCGGGGAGCCCAUUCCUUUGCCCCCAGCUCUACGGAGAGCCACUCUCGGCCCUCAGGGGAAGGAAGAGAAGUGGGGGCCUCCCCCUGGGCCUCCCAGGCAGGCUCGGAGCCAGGGCCAACACCAAGACAGGGACAGGAACUGCAUCGUGGCCUGAGGCCCGGCUGGUCUCGGGCGUGCCCAUACCAAAGAGAUCUGGAACAGAGCUCUCUGCCUCAUUUUCCCCAGCUAUAAAUGGGGGUUGGAGUGGAUGCCAGCUGAAGCUCUCCAUGUCCCUCUUCUACCACCCCGGGGUCCGUGUUCUGGCCGCCCGGCCCCCUGGCCCACCAGCACCUUUAGAGUGUUGUCCGUGCCAUUGGCAGGCUGGCUCUGCUCAUUAAAAGGAUUAUUUUCAUGUU